UGGGGAUGUGGAUGCCCAGUACCAUAACCAGAAUGAUGCUAUUAGCCGUCCUUGCAGCCUUCUUGGCAACUGAGGUCCAAGGACAUGGCCGUUUGAUGGAUCCUCCGGCCAGGAACGCCAUGUGGCGCUUUGGCUACCCUAAUCCCGUCAACUACAACGACAACGAGCUCUUCUGCGGCGGCUAUGCCAUCCAGUGGGAGAAGAACAGCGGCAGGUGCGGAGUCUGUGGAGAUGCGUACCACGUCAAGUCCCCCAGGCCCCAUGAGGCUGGCGGGGAAUAUGCCAAGGGAAUCAUCUCCAGGUACUACACCGCCGGCCAGGAGAUCGAUGUGGAGGUGGAGCUGACCGCCAACCACUACGGACGCUUCGAGAUCUUACUCUGCCCGAACAACAAUCCCCGCCAGGAGGCCACCCAGGAGUGCUUCGAUCGGUAUCCGCUUCUCAUCUCGGGCAGUCGGGAGCACCGCUACCUCAUUCCCCGCGACGCCAAGAAGAAGGACAUCUUCCGCUACCGAGUCCGCCUGCCUCCCUACGUGACCUGCACCCAGUGCGUCCUCCAGUGGACCUACUACACGGCCAAUAUGUGGGGCACCUGCGCGAAUGGAACCGAGGCGGUGGGAUGCGGCAAGGCUGAAACUUUCCGUAACUGUGCGGAUAUAGCCAUUAUAUCCAAUACAGGCGGUGGAGUUCCCCCGAUCUUUGUGAACAACAAGUCACCAUAUCUGCUAUACUACAGGGACUACAGGGCACCAUCGGAUAACAAUAUAUUCCCACUUAUUGUGCGAGAUCAAAAGUGUAUUGGAGCUCCUGCCUUUAGGACUCUUCCUGGCAUCGACAACUGGUGCGAAAUCAACUGCCUGCGUUAUCCUCCCAACUGCCCGGAGGAAGCCUGUCACUGUCCGCAAGAGUGUGUGGCCAUUGGAGAGCUGGAAGGCCAGGAAGGAGCCGACACCUAUUGCAUGGACCAGUGCCUCAACUACAAGUCAGAGUGUCCUCCAGAUAGAUGCCGCUGCUAUUAACCAGCUCCACUACUUCGAACUUAUGCUACUGCCUAUUCUACUAUUCUACUACCUA